CUCCCUCUUCCCGCCCCUCGCUGUGUAUUGUUCGCCCUCGAGGUUUUAAAUAAAGCUUUCGGCUGCACUUGGUAGGCGAAGUGAGAGGAUAGCGGUGACCAAAUGCGCGAGCGCAGGCGUGGCGGCUUGCGCAUGCGUGGAGGUGCUGGCAGCGGCAGCUGCGGGCCCCGGCGGGGAAAGAGGGUCCGGGAGCGGUCCACCGGACCCCACCUGGAGCCCAGGGCCGGGGGUGGUGAGGUCCUCCUCGCCAAGGCCCCGGCGGCGCGAUGGAGUAAAGGAAGUCGAGUGCAAGUUGUGAAGUCUUCUGCUCCAGUCACUAUGGUACGAGAACGAAAAUGUAUAUUGUGUCAUACUGUAUACAGCUCAAAAAAGGAAAUGGAUGAACAUGUGAGGAGCAUGCUGCAUCACAGAGAACUUGAAAACCUGAAGGGAAGGGACAGUAACCAUGAAUGCCGCGUGUGCCGGGUGACAGUAGUAGGCUUGUCAGCUUAUGCAAAACACAUUUCCAGCCAGUUACACAAGGAUAAUGUUGAUGCCCAGGAAAGAGAAGAAGAUGGAAAAGAAGAAGAGGUGGAAGAAGAAUACUUUGACAAGGACCUCGUUCAGCUAAUAAAACAAAGAAAUGAACAAAGCCGACAAGAUGAAGCAUCUGUUACUGGCCAAGAAAUAAACUCUGACGACAGACGACAAUGGCGAAGAGAAGACCGGGGACCUUACCAAGAGAGAGAUACUUAUGAUCAGCUAUCAUCAUGGCACCAUCGUGCACCCCUUCAACGGGAUUGGAAGUGGGAGAAGGAUGGCUUUAAUGGUGGUCGGAAAAAUAACUUUCCACAUUCCUUGAGGAAUGGUGGUGGACCAAGAGGACGUUCUGGAUGGCAUAAAGGUGGUCCAGGAGGAUCUUCAAAUUGGUAUCAUAACCACAGUAAUUCUGGAGGUGGUUGGCAUUCAAAUAAUGGGACAGUAGAUUGGCAUCAUGGUAGUACAGGAAGGAAUUCCAACUGGCAUUCUGAAGGAGCAGGUGGUUUUUGGCACAUGAACAACAGUAGUGGAAACUGGCAAUCCAAGGCACGUGGUACAAAUAAUUGGAAUUAUAGUGGCCCUGGAGACAUUUUUCAAGCUGGAAGAAACAGGAAUUCUAAUUGCCAAAUUGAUGACAUGACCAUGCUAUGGAACAAGAAAUCUAAUAAAUUAAACAAGUAUAAUCAAGAGAGAUAUAUUUGGCAAAGGCAAGAGAAUAGGGGUCCCACAGAAGAUAAUAGUGAUUACUUAUUGGAUUUUACAAGUGAUAAGCUUCCUUCAGAGGGCUUACUUGAUUUUAGCAAUUCUGAGCAGCCUGAAAGCCAAACCUCUAAGCAAGCAGAAAUUAUAGCUUCUAAAGUGAGUGGAAAGAAUGGUAAUGUAUCAAAGGAUAAAAUCCAUCGCUGGACUCCUUAUCCAUCCCAGAAAAUUGUAGAGCCACAAUUAGGGUUGAAAGAAGUUACUGCUAAAAAGUCAGAGGUGGUAGACGAACCUCCUUUUCUUUUUCACCUAAUAACUGCAUGUGGGAAAGAUCCCAAGACUAAUAAUAAUACAGAUAAUUCCACAAAGCUGAAAACACAGAAAGAAACUCAGUCAGGAUCCUUCGAUCACAAGGUUACUUCUGAUCACACUGCUUCCAGUGAGGCAGUGACCACUUGUGUAUCUAGAGUAAUACCUGAACAAGAGAACAGCUCACAUAAAAUGCCAUCACUGAAGUCUCCUCUCCUUCCAAUCCCAAACACUAGAUCAUUGUCUCAAAAACAAGAUUCAAAGAACCUUUUGAAAAAUACAAAACUUUUGUCUUCAACUCCUGGAGAAUGUCAGAAUCAUUCAAAUACACUUAGCUUGGAAGAGAACCAAAAUUCUUAUGUAUCUAAAUUACGCAGUUCAUGUUCUCGUGUCUUAAAAGGAAAUAAAACUGUGCUUGAUGGCACUCAGAAGGAGCCUGUUGAUAAUUUAAGUGAAGUCUUGCGGAAAGCUAAGGAGGUGCUAAAAUGUAGUCAAACCCUGCAAAAUCCACUACUGAGCAGUGGCAAAAGUACCAGGUGCUGCGCAUCAGAAAGUAAGAAUGGAGAAGAGUCUGUGAAAGACUCUUUGAACACUGAACUUCAAGAAUGUGCACCAGAAGGUAAAGGUGAUGCAGAAUUAGUGGACGUUGAAAAAUCUAGUACAAAAGUUGAAGAUGGUGGUUCUGUAUUUUCCAAAGGUUCACCUUGUGGCACUUCAGAAUGUGAACGUGCUGCUGCUGAUAAAGAGAAUGAUGACAGAAUUGUGAAAACAACUUCAAAGUGCUCUGUUAAUUCAGAUGACUCCAUAGCUCACCAAAAAGAAUCAGAAUUCCAAAUGGACUCUAUAGCAUCUGCAUCUAGUCCUCAGUCUGGAUUACUAUUAGAUUUGAAAUCAUCACUAGAAGAUACCCAGGUUGAAGAUCCUAAGUCAACUUUGCCUUUUGAAACAGAAGGCUUUGAGAGCAAUAACUUGGAUGUUGACCUCCAAAAAGGAGGUGCUGGCCAACCUUCAAGCUCCCUUCUGCCUGAACUAAGCAAACUUGGUUUCCCUGCCUCUCUCCAGCGAGACCUAACUCGGCACAUCAGUUUGAAGAGCAAACCUGGGGCUCAUCUUCCUGAACCCAAUCUCAAUAAUGCACGCCGCAUUCGGAAUGUUAGUGGGCAUAGAAAGAGUGAGACAGAGAAGGAAUCGGGGCUCAAACCAACCCUGCGACAGAUUCUGAAUGCUUCUCGAAGAAAUGUCAACUGGGAGCAAGUUAUUCAGCAGGUAACCAAGAAGAAGCAGGAGCUGGGAAAAGGUUUACCCAGGUUUGGCAUAGAGAUGGUACCCCUAGUUCAAAAUGAGCAGGAGGUGUUGGAUUUGGAUGAGGAACCUGACCUGUCCAGUUUAGAAGGUUUCCAAUGGGAAGGUAUUUCCAUCACUACAUCACCUGCAUUGGCAAGGAAACGCAGUCUUUCUGAGAGCAGUGUGAUCAUGGACCGUGCUUCUUCUAUGUACAGCUUCUUCACUGAGCAGUCUGCAGGAAAGGAGAAUGAGCCCCAGCAGAUUGUUCCACCCAGUAACUCACUGCAAACAGUACAAGGUCAGAAAGCAAACUUGAAUCUUAAACAGGACAUGAUGCCUUUGGCUUCUUCCUCAAGGACAGGGGAGAGAGUUGAAAGUGUUGCGACUCGAAGGCGUCAUAGUGCCCAGUUGCCCCCUGACCGAAUGAUAUCUUUGGUGCGUUCGGUCAGACAAGAAGAACUAAACAGGCAGGAGAGCUCAACACCCUUUUCUGAGAACCAGAACACUCAGGAAAGUAAUGGAGAAGGGAACUCGUUAUCAUCUAAUGGCUCCUCAGGCCUUGGCAUCUCUAGUUUGGUGGAUGCUGCUACGGAUAGCAGCUGCACGUCUGGGGCGGAGCAGAAUGAUGGCCAGGGCCUUCGGAAGAAGCGCAGGGCAACUGGAGAUGGAUCUUCACCUGAGCUUCCAAGUCUGGAAAGAAAGAAUAAAAGAAGGAAAAUUAAAGGCAAAAAAGAACGUUCUCAGGUUGACCAACUGCUGAAUAUUUCUCUAAGGGAGGAAGAAUUGAGUAAAUCUCUGCAAUGUAUGGAUAACAGCCUUUUGCAGGCCAGGGCAGCCCUGCAGGCAGCAUAUGUGGAAGUUCAGAGACUACUUGUGCUGAAGCAACAGAUAACUAUGGAAAUGAGUGCCCUACGGACCCACAGAAUACAGAUUCUACAAGGAUUACAAGAAACUUACGAACCUCCUGAGAGGACAGAACAAGUUCCCUGCAGCCCUUCCCGUGAGCGAAAGAGCAGAUCCCAGACAGCUUCUGAUCCUCCUCCUCUGCCUAGUCCCUUUUUUCCUUUCUUUCUGGAGACUCCCUCUUCCCAUAUAUCACCAUCUGCCUCUGGAGUGCCACUCCGAGUGUGUACACCACCUGCUUUCCAGGUUCCUGGGAGUAUCACAUGCCCAGCUCCAGACUCAUCAGUGCAGAUUAAACAAGAGCCCAUGUCUCCUGAGCAAGAAAAUGUGAAUGCUGUGCUACAGGAUUCUGCCUGCAGUGCUUCUGAGGAAUUGCUACAAACGAAUAGAGAGAUGAGUGGAAACUGUUCAUUGUACCCAAUCAUCACUGGGACAUUUUCCCUCUCCCACUUAACAGAGAGUUUCCAGCAUGCAAGCCAAGAACUGAAGUCAUCCCUGGAGCAAGGAAGUACCAGAAGAUUAGAACAAUCUAGUUCCCAAUUAAUUGGCCCUCUCAUCAUAAAGAAAGAGGGAGAGAUAUCAACCAAAAAUAGUACCAUUGUUGAGCCCUGUAGCAGCUCCUUUUUGAGCCUGACCUUUCCUUCACAAAGUCCUUUGGAGAAAGGGCACCCACUCUUGGCUGAACAGCCAGCAGAAACCACUCUCACUUCAGUUGAAAGCAAGGGAAAUAAGAAAAAAAAGAAGCUUAGGAAAAAGAAAACUCUGCGAGCAGCCCAUGUGCCUGAGAACAGUGACACAGAACAGGAUGUCUUUACUGCUAAACCUGUAAGGAAAAUCAAGGCUGGAAAGAUGCUUAAAGGAGGAAAAGUUACAACUUCCACAUCCUUGGGACAGGAAGAUGGGAGAACUGAUCAGGAGCCAGACAGAGCUAGAGAUGAACCCGACAGUGACUCUUCCCUGGAAGUCCUUGAGGUUCCUAACCCUCAAUUAGAAGUGGUAGCCAUUGAAUCAUCUGAGUCUGGAGAGGAGAAACCAGAUAGUCCAUGUAAAGAUGAUACUUGGAACUCUACAGAGCAAUCCCUGCUGGAAGCAUCUCGUUCUGGAUGUGAUGAAGUAAGCUCUACCAGUGAAAUUGGAACACAUUAUAAGGAUGGCAUUCCUAGAAGUGUGGCUGAAACUCAGACUUCCAUCUCCUCGAUAAAGGGGUCAAAGAAUUCUUCAGAAAUCUCUUCAGAGCCUGGAGAUGAUGAAGAGCCUACUGAAGGAAAUUUUGAGGGACACCAAGCUGCAGUGAAUGCUAUUCAGAUUUUUGGCAAUUUGUUGUAUACCUGUUCAGCUGAUAAAACAGUUAGAGCCUAUAACUUGGUGACUAGGAAAUGUGUGGGUGUUUUUGAGGGACACACCUCCAAAGUGAACUGCCUCGUGAUUACUCAGACCAAUGGAAAGAACUCAGCCCUGUACACUGGUUCCAGUGAUCAUACCAUCCACUGCUACAACAUCAAGACUAGAGUGUGUUUGGAGAAGUUACAACUGGAAGACCGUGUACUUUGUCUUCAUAAUCGGUGGCGAAUCCUCUUUGCAGGAUUGGCGAAUGGCACAGUAGUCACCUUCAGCUUAAAGACCAACAAGCAGCUUGAUAUCUUUGAGUGCCAUGGUCCUCGGGCUGUUAGCUGCCUGGCUACAGCUCAGGAAGGUGCCCGAAGACUGCUGGUGGUGGGAUCCUAUGACUGCACCAUCAGUGUUCGAGAUGCUCGAAAUGGACUGCUCCUCCGAACACUGGAGGGCCAUAGCAAAACCAUUCUUUGCAUGAAGGUGGUGAAUGACCUUGUGUUCAGUGGCUCCAGUGACCAGUCCGUUCAUGCCCACAACAUUCAUACUGGUGAGCUGGUUCGAAUCUAUAAAGGUCACAACCAUGCAGUGACUGUGGUGAACAUUCUGGGGAAGGUCAUGGUGACUGCCUGUCUCGAUAAGUUUGUUCGUGUCUAUGAAUUACAGUCUCAUGACCGUUUGCAAGUUUAUGGAGGACACAAGGAUAUGAUAAUGUGUAUGACUAUUCAUAAGAGUAUGAUUUAUACUGGCUGUUAUGAUGGUAGCAUCCAAGCUGUAAAACUAAAUCUGAUGCAGAAUUUUCGCUGUUGGUGGCAUGGUUGCUCCUUAAUAUUUGGGGUUGUGGAUCACCUCAAACAACACUUGCUAACUGACCACACCAACCCAAAUUUUCAGACUUUGAAAUGUCGUUGGAAAAAUUGUGAUGCAUUCUUCACUGCUAGAAAAGGAUCCAAGCAGGAUGCAGCAGGACAUAUUGAACGACAUGCUGAAGAAGACAGCAAAAUUGAUUCAUGAAGUUUUUGCCUCCCACGUUGGGAAGUUACUUAGGCCUAUUAUUGCCCAUAUUGACCCUCUAUGUGUACCAUUCCUUCCAGCCUUCUCUUCUUCAUCCCUUUCCCUGCUCCUCUCCUUCCCCUUAAAAAAAAAAAAAAAAAAGGCAGGAAGGGGAAUAUGAUUAUUCUGCCAGGCUAAAGAUGCCAUGAGUAUGUACCCUUCUGGGAAUAUGGGUUAACCCUUUGAGGUCAAACUGGAAGCUUGUUAUUUAAUGAGAUGUAACACACUUAAGAACACGCCCCUGGGGUUGGUGCAGUGCAGAUACACAAUGCUCUUCUGUAAGGGCAGGAUGACCUGUGUCCAUUAAUGUACUCCAGGUGUUUAAUAGAUGCAGAAUCUUUAUCAAUCCCACUCUUGGCAGAUACCAAACUAAAAUAUCUCAUUGUUAGGUGCAGAUUCUGCAUUUCCAAGAUUGAGUUUUAAUUUCCUUUCUGCAAGUUACUGCCAGGUAUUUUCACGUUAAAUUGGAAGUAAAUCAUUUGCUUUUUUUAAUGUAAUGUUCUAUUUAAGUGUCAAUAUUAUUCCUUUGAAAUUGGAUGAAGUUUGUGAUAAGUGGUAAAGGACACAGUGCUUUUAGGAAUGGCUGUUCUGCAAAUGACUGCACUUCAGGUGACCUGGGGUAUAGCAGCUAAGCUUUGUUUAUGUAGCAGAAAUCUACUGAUUCAUACUCAAAACACUUCUCAGUAUGACUCUGCUUAUAUGAGUAACAUUGAUCUUUAUAAUUGAACUGGAAUAUGUACUACAAAUAUAAUUUAGUUAAAGAGACAUAAUGGAGGUGAAGCCUGCAUUUUGUUUUCUGGCUUCUGAUUCUUAAAAGUUUUUGGGGUCUAAAACUUUAAUAAUCCAGAGUGGAUCCAAACCUCAAACCAGGUUAGAUUGACCUGUCCUUGGAACACAGUAAUUUUCCAAAUGGACUUAUUUGCUCCUAGCUCUUCUGUCAAGAUCCAGCCACUUUAUGAAACUUUGUGGAGUUAAGGAGAAUACCUUAACUGACAUAGAGAAAAACCAAGGUAGAUAAUCUUAUUUCUAGAAUUUAGUGUCUUUUCCUUUCUGCCCCACUAAACAAAUGAGAGGAUGGGCUUCCAUCUGGAGAGGAGCAUUCUCCUCAUUCUUUUUUGAGAGUCAAUAAGAAAAAAAUCUUAGGUAUUUAACUGAGAUUAAUUUGGGGGAGGGAGGAGAGGGGAAAGAACAUGUUCAUUCUAGACCGUUUUUUUUUCUAGCACAGAAAUGUUGCCUAGAGGUUAAUAGAAAGGAAGGAAAAGAACCAAUUUAGCUUUAUGAUGUUGAAUGUCUCAAGAGUCUGAGAGAUGCACGUUUUCCUUCAAUAUGUCUGCUCACAUAUCCUUCCUUCAUCUCUAGGGCAUAUUAAGGAUUUGGAGCUUAUAAGUGUCUCCAGAAAUUCCUUCCUUUCCUAUCUCUAGGAGUAAGAAACCCAUUUACGAACUGAAUUGUUAUGUUCAGGAGGAAGAAAAGAUUUUACUGUGUGAAGUCAAUGUGUCUUUAUCAUUUUUGAGUGACAUUUUUUUUUCUCAUCUCACAUCUCUGCUUCCUUUAAAGGUUAAGAGUUGUGACUGGAGAAUUCAGGCCAGCCUCUGGGUAUAAUGGGAAUACACCUCUCAGGGGAAUUCAUUGGGGCUGCUCUGGCAGGGCUAAGUGUGUUCAUUCUUAAACCAUCUGUGGGUUGAGCAUUUAGAACCAAAGCCACAAACAGUAAAGAGCAGUGCCAGGCUUCCCCAGGUGGUAAUCCAUUAAUCAGUAGUCCUUAAAUACUUGUUUCCAUUGGUUAGCUAUUUUUGAAAUGGAAGUGAAAGUGACCUGGGAAGAGUUGGAAAGAUAAAUCUUGGCAGCCCUUGAAGUAAUUACUUUCAAUAGCCCUAAUGCCACAGGACAGUGGUAUAUGGGAUGUUCUUUGGGAAGUCUAAAGAUAUGGACAGGAGAUGAUUGAAUUUUGGGAGACAAAGGAGCUGAAGGGAAGAAGGAUAUGCAGCAUCAGCCUUCCCGUCUGUGGGGGGUGUGUGUGUGUAUGCAUGUGUACCUUUGACAGUUUGCUACAUCUCCCAAAUUUCUUUGGAAGAAUGCUGAAAACAUUUCUUAUGUAAGAACAUGUGGAAUUCUCAUUCACAGGCUAAUAGACGAUGCACUUUUUAGAAAUGAAAAUCUUAGGGAUGUGAGUUCUAGCUUGGAACUGAGGGAGUAAACGGUUAUAUAGGCUUUUUUUUUUUUUUUUUUUGGAAAGUAGUUUAAGAGGCACAUGCAGACCCUUAGGGCAUUUUUGUUUGCUUGUUUGUUUAUAUUUUGUUUGUUUUCAUCUUCAAGAAUGUCAGAGCCCACCCUAGCCUUUGGUCUUAUCUGACAGAAAUAUUGAGCAUGGAUUGGUGCUUGUAUGUUGACAGUGGUAUGGAGAAUCUAAUCAGUGGUAGGACAGUUGGAUGAUAAAACAGAGCCACCUUGGAAGGUGAGGUUGCAUUACAGACAUUUCUCUGCUCCUAUUUCUGAUUAGCUAUGACUAAUUUGGAGGCCAGAGUCCUAGGGAACUGUAGUGUGGGGGUGUAUGUGUGGGUGUGGUUUAAAAUGAUGUUUGUGUUUUCACAGCCCCAGUCAGUGUUGUGGGCUAGGAUUUAGGCAGGUUCGGAGCAAUGCACUUAAACCAAGCAAAUCACAGUGAGAGAGAUUCAAAAACCUGAAUAAGGACAGUAGCACAUCCCUGCCUUUGUGUAAAGAGAAAAUUCUUCUGCAGGGACAACUUUGUCUCCCUCCUUAGGCCUGGAUCAGGCUGUUGCAUUUGCUUUCGACGACCUGUAACUUGUGUGCAGAGAACUUACUGUGCUACUGUAAUCCUAAUGAGUGACCAUAAACAUCUUCCAUAACUGGGCAGUGAUGUGUUUUUAAGUCAGUUUUGCUUUAGGGAGACAGUGUAACCAAUACAGGAAAGGGAAUUAUUGAUAGAAGUCCAGGGUAGAGAGGGGUGAACCUAUCUUCAUGUGAGACAGAGGCAGGGAGUGAGUGUAAGCUCUUGGCUUGCAAACAGUUUGGCUUCAAGUCUAACCUUUUAACUGCACUCUAGUUUAGCCCAUGAGGCUUUUAGGAAGGCACCAUCCACAGAUAGCUGACUCUGCAAAAGAAUGGUCUUAUUUGUGCCACUGAUUCAUCCCCUACUCCCACCUCUAUUCCUCAGGGUCUGAAGAGAAGCAGGUUACUUCCUUUGCUUCCUCCUCCUGUUCCAGAGGCUUAGGACAGUGAGGAUUUAUUUGUACAACUGCCCUUGUGGGUUGUGGCGAGGAAAUCACCUCCAGCUUGCCUUCUCUUGACCAGUGAUGCUGGUUUAGCAACUAGUAAAUAGAAACUAUCCUUGGAGUAGUGAUAGGGUCUAGACUGAGUUUCAUGUACAGUUGUGUCUUCAGAUAUCCCUUAUCAAAAAAUAGAAGUACAAUUUUAAUAAAAUUCCCCAGUCUAUAAGGUCUUGUAUCAUUUGACUUUUCAUCUAAUCAUCAAACUUGUAAAACAUUCUCAAUUGUACAAGGUGUCCCAAAAGUCUUAGCUAAGGCUUUUAAAUUACACUAAGACUUUUGGGAUACCCUACAGAUUACACUAUGUCCUAGUUAACAAUGAUGUUGGAAAAAAGCUUUUUUUUCUCCUCCCUUCCCCCCUUCUUCUUAGUUAUAUACACACCAGAGCUAUUUCACUGUUUUUAGUUUUAGAACAGUCUUUAAUACGGGAUGUGAAUUUAGAAGAAUGAAAAUUGGAUGAGACUGUUCUGAAGUAUUUAGUAAACAGAUAUCCUGGCCCCCUUUCAUUUUAUGGUACAAAGCUGUGAACUUCAUGGAAACUUUGUAAAGGAAGAAGUAAAGCAAAUAUUGAGAGGAAAAUAAAACUUAAAUGCUUUUAA